ACUAUAAUAUUUAUAUACACUAUAAAUAAAAACAUUUUAUUUCUAUUCUAGAUUGCUAUGACAAUGUGUGCUGGUGGCUCCGUAGACGCCUUAAUUAGGAGCACGCCCAAUAGAUCCUUGGAUGAGACCUGGAUUUCAUACAUAUGCAAGAAAGUUUUACAGGGCCUGGAUUACUUACAGGAACUGAACGUGAUACAUCAUGAUCUCAAGGGCGCCAAUAUAAUGUUAACUUCUACGGCCCGUGUGAAGAUAAUUGAUUUUGGCCUUGCCACAGUAGGGCCUAUCAGUACAAGUAAUGCAGGAACCUGCUGUUGGAUGGCACCUGAAGUCCAUGCAUGUUUUACAAGAAGUGUACAUUAUAACUACAAGGUAUAAUUAAUAAAAUAGUUGUCAUUUAGUUCAGUUUUCAUUAAAGUGAUUAGACAU